CUCAUUGCUGGCCCGAAGCCCCCUCCUCUCGGCGCUCCUCCAGGCUCUUGGCGGAGCUUCGCCUUAGGGCGCGGAGCACAUCUUCGGGGUUCGCCGGAGCGGCCAUUUAUUCUUCCAGGCUGUAAAUGAUUCACCAAGAUGUUUGCAAAAGCAACACGGAAUUUUGUGAGAGAAACGGACAGCGGAGGUGACUUGAUCCCUGUUUCCCAUUUGAAUGCCUCAGACAAGCUGCAGCUUCUGAGCUUAGUUACAAAGAGGAAGAAAUUCUGGUGCUGGCAGAAGCCCAAGUAUCAUUUCUUGACAGUCUCGUUGAGUGAUGUGCUUACUGAAGACAAACCUAUAAAACCAGUAAUUGUGGAAUCUGACUUUGCAAAAUAUAUGGGGAAAUUUGAAGAUGUUGUCCAAGGAGGUAUUGAAACUUCAUUUGGAAAGAUCAGCCUGGGAGCCGGAGCAAAGGGCUGUGUGGAAAGCCAGUCCUCCUUUGGGAACCUGAGGAAACAAGAGGUUGACUUGCAGCAGCUUAUGAAAGACGUCAAGGACAGAAUGAUAAAUUUAAAUAGUAGUUUACUGCAACAAGUAAUAGAACGAAAGCGUGAAGUACUGUGCAUCUUGAGGGAGAAGAUAAUAACAACACAAAGGUGUACGAUAUCUGAACAUGUCCAGACAGAAGAAAAAGUCAGCGGUUUGCUGGGAUGCAGUAUGAAGAUAGUGCAGGUUUCAGUGAGUGACAGUGGAAGUAUGAUGAAGGAUUCCAGCGUGAUUCUCGAGAUUCCUCCUGCAACCACUAUUGCCUAUGGUGUAAUUGAACUGUUUAUAAAGUGUGAUGGGCAGUUUGAAUUCUGUCUGCUAGAUGAGCAGCAAGGAGGUUUUGAAAGAGAAAGCUCAGAGGGUUCGACGUCACCCCACUCAGUGCUGUUCAGAGACACUUCGUUCCUGUAUCACCCAGAUGCUGUUGAUAAUGGGAUGCACUCUGGGGCUGAAAGCCCCAUUCCCAGCCACGCUUCUUUAAGUGUGCUGAAAGAAGGUCUGUCACAGCUGAAGGCUCAGUUCCAACCCUUUGUGAAGUUGCCAGAAGACAAGCAAAGAGCUUUAUAUAAAAGUCUGUGCGAACUCCUGCUGCAUGAAGAAACAUUAACUGCCCUGGAAGAUGUGUUAGAUGCUCUGUGUGCAGGAGACAAGCCAGACCUGAAGGAGUUAAAACCUGCACAGCAGCAGGACCUGGCUGACUUCCUCCAGCUGGUGGGGUGCAGUGUACAGGAUGAGCUAUUGUUGCAGAAUUAUCAGCUUCAAGAUGAAGAACUGCUCUCAGCUGUUCACCUCCUCAUCAGUGCUAUCUCUGAGCUGUCUGAUUACACUCUUGUCCUGCUGCGUGCCUGCUCUGAUCUACAGGUUGUUCCGGCAUUGUGUUGCUUGCCUUACAUCGCUUCAGCUGAUGGCACCUUGGCACUGAGCAGUCCUUUGGUGGCAACUCUCACUGACAGAGGAAGAUUUGAUGUCGUGCAAAGGCUUUUUGCUUCAACGAACAUUAAUUUGGAGAAGACAGAGUCUUCUGUAAAAGCUGUAACUAUGAGAGAACCCAGAUUCUUCCCACUUGUUCUUUAUGUUGCGCUUUGCGGGCUUCACAGUUUGAGUGGGGCUGUAGAGGAGCUUUUUUGAGCACUUACUGCCCUCCCUGUUCUUCCUUGUGUAGCUUUGCAGCGUAGCGCAGAUGCUUGUGAGCAUGUGAGAGCCCUGGGGUUGAGUUUUCAGGGCACUGAAGCCAGGUGGCACAGGGCAGCACAGGCAAGGAGUGAGCACACUGCUGCUCUGCAGCUCCACUAAGGUUUGUCUGCAGUGGAAAAUACAUAAAUAAGUAAAUAAGGGAUGCAGGGGAAGAAGGAAAAAAAAGAUGAGCCUGGAAGAGAAAUUGAACAUAGCUAUUCUGAUAGUUGUCAGAACUGCAGAGCAGUGGAAGCCUGAUUGCUUGCAUUAAUAUGCGUGGGAGAAAACUGCAAAGUACAAACUGCUUUUUGUAAGCAAGCGAGCAAAAAGGCUGUGGAAAUGUAGCAUUGUGCAAUGCAGUUCGUGCUUUGCUCACUCAAGACCUGACGUGCAGAAUACCUUCACUCUGGAGGAUGUGAAGUGGAGGGCACUUCAUUAGGUUUUUCUUCAUUAAGUGUAGUUUGGCUUUAUGGAUGUGAGCUGCACGCUGCAGGAAAUAAUGAACUCUUUUUUUUUUUUUUUUUUUUCCAAAA